AAGAGAAGAAACCCAGUGUUGCAAGCUAUCAAAAACGUCGGCAUAGAGAUAGGGGAUGUGGUAGCGGAUUAUCAAGUUGGAACACAUAAUGGGGUUUUAUUCCUCAGUCUGAAAUAUCACCGACUCCAUCCUGAAUAUAUCCAUCAGAGAAUCGAGAAGAUGAGAAAUAAGUACAGUCUUCGAAUAAUGCUCAUCUUAUGUGAUGUCAACGAACAUCAGCAAUCAUUGAGGGAAAUAAGCAAGAUUGCCAUAGUCAAUGACUUUACUGUCUUUGUGGCUUGGUCAAACGAAGAGGUCGCUCAGUACUUGACAACAUUUAAGGCGUUCGAACAUAAGUCAGCGGAUACCUUGAAGGAAAGAGUUCAUCAGACGUAUCAUGAUCAGUUGCAACAUGUGUUGACAAGUGGAAAGAAGGUCAAUAAGACGGAUGCGGAUAAUCUGGCUGCUCAAUUUGGGUCAUUCGCGAACAUCGCCAAACAACCCCCUAAGGUGCUGGCCAAUGUCAAAGGCCUAGGUGCGGCCAAGGUUACUUCCUUAGUGGACGCAUUCAACAAACCGUUU